CAAACCCCUCUGCUCACGCUCACGGCCCGGCUCCGCCUGCUCCGCGCGACUCGGGUUCGUCUCCGCUCUUCUUCUUCUUGCGAGAGAAGCAAAGCCAAGCGGCGCCGCCGCCACCGCCGCCGAGGGUAGGUCGCCGGAGGGGGUUGGAGGAGGAUGGCCGAGGGCGGGGAGGACGCGCGCCGCCGCGCCGCAGUCGCCGAGUACCGCAAGAAGCUCCUCAGCUGCCGGGAGCUCGAGGCGCGGGCCAAAACAGGGAGGGAGAACCAAAAAAAUGCAAAGAAAGACUUGGAAAAAACUGAAGAGGAUCUCAAAGCAUUGCAAAGUGUGGGCCAAAUUAUUGGUGAGGUCCUUCGACCUUUGGACAAGGAACGAUUUAUCGGGAAGGCCAGCAGUGGACCACGCUAUGUUGUCGCCUGCCGAAGUAAAGUUGACAAAGAAAAGUUGAUUGCUGGUACAAGAGUUGUUCUUGACAUGACAACGCUUACUAUCAUGCGCACUUUGCCACGCGAGGUUGACCCUGUGGUUUACAACAUGCUACACGAAGAUCCUGGCAAUGUUAGUUACUCAUCUGUAGGUGGCUUGUCGGAUCAAAUAAGGGAACUCAGAGAAUCCAUUGAGUUACCGCUUAUGAAUCCGGAACUGUUUCUCCGUGUAGGGAUUAAGCCUCCAAAGGGUGUGCUACUCUAUGGUCCACCUGGAACUGGGAAGACACUCCUAGCUAGAGCCAUUGCUAGCAACAUCGAUGCUAACUUUUUGAAGAUAGUUUCAAGUGCUAUCAUUGACAAAUAUAUUGGUGAAAGUGCACGCUUGAUUCGUGAAAUGUUCAACUAUGCACGUGAGCAUCAGCCAUGCAUCAUUUUCAUGGAUGAAAUCGAUGCCAUUGGUGGCCGAAGAUUUAGCGAGGGCACAAGUGCUGAUCGUGAGGUUCAGAGGACAUUGAUGGAGCUUUUAAAUCAGCUAGAUGGAUUUGAUGAGCUUGGGAAGGUGAAAAUGAUCAUGGCAACAAACAGACCUGACGUUUUGGAUCCUGCGCUCCUUCGGCCUGGGCGAUUGGACAGGAAGAUCGAGAUCCCACUCCCGAACGAGCAGGGGAGGAUGGAGGUCCUCAAGAUUCACGCAGCUGGCAUCGCCAAGCAUGGCGAAAUCGACUACGAAGCUGUUGUGAAACUGGCUGAGGGUUUCAAUGGCGCUGAUCUGCGCAAUGUCUGCACAGAAGCUGGCAUGGCUGCCAUUCGAGCAGAGCGCGACUAUGUUAUUCAGGAGGACUUCGUGAAGGCAGUGCGCAAGCUGAACGAGGCCAAGAAGCUCGAGUCCAGCGCGCACUACAGCGCCGACUUCGGCAAGGAGUGAAGGGGGACGACCUGAUCCAGAGACCUUCUGAUUUUAGUGGAAACCCUGUUAGGCCAUCUCGGGCGGGAGAGCUCUCAUCCUGACGCUAUCGGUGGCGAGCAAACAAGUUACUCUUCGUUUAUUUAUUAGUUCCAUCAAAUAGAUUUCAGGAUGGAUGUAGGCCAUGUAGCUGCAAGCAGGUCGGUGUAGUGUAAACUUCGAAUUCACCCUGAAACUGAUCUGAUCACGUUGAGGAUGUGCAUCUUGCUUGCU